UGGUGUUCCAUUCAUAGCACUCUCGGAGGACGUGGUGGGCUUGAGAUAAUAAAGCCCUGUUUAUGCCAUGGAGGGCUGGGGAGGUGGCUGGUGUGGGGUGACAAGGAGUAGGGAAUCCAGGAAUUAUUUUGAUUCCACCCAGGGCAGGGCUGCUGUGUUUUCUCUGAGGCCAACUUUCAGGGAAAAGAAGGAUCUUGCUGGGAUUUUGCUCAGGCCUAAGUCUGCCAGUUGGGAUGGCCUGGGGCCUAAGAAAUGCCUAGCUUCCCUCCCCACCUGUCCCCAUGGAGGGAGACUGAGAAGAUGCUGGAUGAACUAGACGAUGGCUCCUUCAGGAGAGAGGUUGAUUGACUUAUGCGCAGUUUGGGACGCUGGAGUUUACCUUCCCUCUGCAGCCUGGAACGGAGCCUCCUCUGGUGUUGCAAGGAGGAGGCUGAAUGAGGCAGAGAGGCUGAGCUCUGUCCGGGAGGCCCAGUUAAAGCGGCUCAAGGUGACAAGACCCCGAGUGCUGGGGAGCAGGGAGCGGGGCCGGGUGCCGAGGAUGGCCAGGCAGCCACCGCCGCCCUGGGUCCAUGCAGCCUUCCUCCUCUGCCUCCUCAGUCUUGGCGGAGCCAUCGAAAUUCCUAUGGAUCCAAGCAUUCAGAAUGAGCUGACACAGCCACCGACCAUCACCAAGCAGUCAGUGAAGGAUCACAUCGUGGACCCCCGUGAUAACAUCCUGAUUGAGUGUGAAGCAAAAGGGAACCCUGCCCCCAGCUUCCACUGGACACGAAACAGCAGAUUCUUCAACAUUGCCAAGGACCCCCGGGUGUCCAUGAGGAGGAGGUCUGGGACCCUGGUGAUUGACUUCCGCAGUGGCGGGCGGCCAGAGGAAUAUGAGGGGGAAUAUCAGUGCUUCGCCCGCAACAAAUUUGGCACAGCCCUGUCCAAUAGGAUCCGCCUGCAGGUGUCUAAAUCUCCUCUGUGGCCGAAGGAAAACCUAGACCCUGUCGUGGUCCAAGAGGGUGCUCCUUUGACGCUCCAGUGCAACCCCCCGCCUGGACUUCCAUCCCCGGUCAUCUUCUGGAUGAGCAGCUCCAUGGAGCCCAUCACCCAAGACAAACGUGUCUCUCAGGGCCAUAAUGGAGACCUGUACUUCUCCAACGUGAUGCUGCAGGACAUGCAGACCGACUACAGUUGCAACGCCCGCUUCCACUUCACCCACACCAUCCAGCAGAAGAACCCUUUCACCCUCAAGGUCCUCACCAACCACCCUUAUAAUGACUCGUCCUUAAGAAACCACCCUGACAUGUACAGUGCCCGAGGAGUUGCAGAAAGAACACCCAGCUUCAUGUAUCCCCAGGGCACUGCGAGCAGCCAGAUGGUGCUUCGUGGCAUGGACCUCCUGCUGGAAUGCAUCGCCUCCGGGGUCCCAACACCAGACAUCGCAUGGUACAAGAAAGGUGGGGACCUCCCAUCUGACAAGGCCAAGUUUGAGAACUUUAAUAAGGCCCUGCGUAUCACCAAUGUCUCCGAGGAAGACUCCGGGGAAUAUUUCUGCCUGGCCUCCAACAAGAUGGGCAGCAUCCGGCACACGAUCUCGGUGAGAGUAAAGGCUGCUCCCUACUGGCUGGAUGAACCCAAGAACCUUAUCCUGGCUCCUGGCGAGGAUGGGAGACUGGUGUGUCGAGCCAAUGGAAACCCCAAACCCACUGUCCAGUGGAUGGUGAAUGGGGAACCUUUGCAAUCGGCACCACCGAACCCAAACCGUGAGGUGGCCGGAGACACCAUCAUCUUCCGGGACACCCAGAUCAGCAGCAGGGCCGUGUACCAGUGCAACACCUCCAACGAGCAUGGCUACCUGCUGGCCAACGCCUUUGUCAGUGUGCUGGAUGUGCCGCCUCGGAUGCUGUCGCCUCGGAACCAGCUCAUUCGAGUGAUUCUUUACAACCGGACGCGGCUGGACUGCCCCUUCUUUGGGUCUCCCAUCCCCACUCUGCGAUGGUUUAAGAAUGGGCAAGGAAGCAACCUGGAUGGUGGCAACUACCAUGUUUAUGAGAAUGGCAGUCUGGAAAUUAAGAUGAUCCGCAAAGAGGACCAAGGCAUCUACACCUGUGUCGCCACCAACAUCCUGGGCAAAGCUGAAAACCAAGUCCGCCUGGAGGUCAAAGACCCCACCAGGAUCUACCGGAUGCCUGAGGACCAGGUGGCCAAAAGGGGCACCACGGUGCAGCUGGAGUGUCGGGUGAAGCAUGACCCCUCCCUGAAACUCACCGUCUCCUGGCUGAAGGAUGACGAGCCGCUCUAUAUUGGAAACAGGAUGAAGAAGGAAGAUGACUCCCUGACCAUCUUUGGUGUGGCAGAGCGGGACCAGGGCAGUUACACGUGUGUUGCCAGCACCGAGCUAGACCAAGACCUGGCCAAGGCCUACCUCACUGUGCUAGCUGAUCAGGCCACUCCAACUAACCGUUUGGCUGCCCUGCCCAAAGGACGGCCAGACCGGCCCCGGGACCUGGAGCUGACCGACCUGGCCGAGAGGAGCGUGCGGCUGACCUGGAUCCCUGGGGACGAUAACAACAGCCCCAUCACAGACUACGUUGUCCAGUUUGAAGAAGACCAGUUCCAACCCGGGGUCUGGCAUGACCAUUCCAAGUACCCCGGCAGCGUUAACUCAGCCGUCCUCCGGCUGUCCCCGUAUGUCAACUACCAGUUCCGUGUCAUUGCCGUCAACGAGGUUGGGAGCAGCCACCCCAGCCUCCCGUCCGAGCGCUACCGAACCAGUGGAGCACCCCCCGAGUCCAAUCCUGGUGACGUGAAGGGAGAGGGGACCAGAAAGAACAACAUGGAGAUCACAUGGACGCCCAUGAAUGCCACCUCGGCCUUUGGCCCCAACCUACGCUACAUUGUCAAGUGGAGGCGGAGAGAGACUCGAGAGGCCUGGAACAACGUCACAGUGUGGGGCUCUCGCUACGUGGUGGGGCAGACCCCGGUCUACGUACCUUAUGAGAUCCGAGUCCAGGCUGAAAAUGACUUCGGGAAGGGUCCGGAGCCAGAAUCUGUCAUCGGUUACUCCGGAGAAGAUUAUCCCAGGGCUGCGCCCACUGAAGUUAAAGUCCGAGUCAUGAACAGCACAGCCAUCAGCCUUCAGUGGAACCGCGUCUACCCCGACACGGUCCAGGGCCAGCUCAGAGAGUACCGAGCCUACUACUGGAGGGAGAGCAGCUUGCUGAAGAACCUGUGGGUGUCUCAGAAGAGACAGCAAGCCAGCUUCCCUGGUGACCGCCUCCGUGGCGUGGUGUCCCGCCUCUUCCCCUACAGUAACUACAAGCUGGAGAUGGUUGUGGUCAAUGGGAGAGGUGAUGGGCCUCGCAGUGAGACCAAGGAGUUCACCACCCCGGAAGGAGUACCCAGUGCCCCCAGGCGUUUCCGAGUCCGGCAGCCUAACCUGGAGACAAUCAACCUGGAAUGGGAUCAUCCAGAGCAUCCAAAUGGGAUCAUGACUGGAUACACUCUCAAAUACGUGGCCUUUAACGGGACCAAAGUAGGAAAGCAGAUAGUGGAAAACUUCUCUCCCAAUCAGACCAAGUUCACAGUGCAAAGAACGGACCCCGUAUCACGCUACCGCUUUACCCUCAGCGCCAGGACGCAGGUGGGCUCUGGGGAAGCCGUCACGGAGGAGUCACCAGCACCCCCGAAUGAAGCUACUCCAACCGCAGCUCCUCCCACAUUGCCCCCGACUACCGUGGGUGCGACGGGCGCUGUGAGCAGUACCGAUGCUACUGCCAUUGCUGCCACCACCGAAGCCACAACAGUCCCCAUCAUCCCAACUGUCGCACCUACCACCAUCGCCACCACCACCGUCGCCACAACUACUACAGCCACUGCUGCCACCACCACCACGGAGAGUCCUCCCACCACCACCUCCGGGACUAAGAUACACGAAUCCGCCCCCGAUGAGCAGUCCAUAUGGAACGUCACGGUGCUCCCCAACAGUAAAUGGGCCAACAUCACCUGGAAGCACAAUUUCGGGCCCGGAACUGACUUUGUGGUUGAGUACAUCGACAGCAACCAUACGAAAAAAACUGUCCCAGUUAAGGCCCAGGCUCAGCCUAUACAGCUGACAGACCUCUAUCCCGGGAUGACAUACACGUUGCGGGUUUAUUCCCGGGACAACGAGGGCAUCAGCAGUACCGUCAUCACCUUUAUGACCAGUACAGCUUACACCAACAACCAAGCGGACAUCGCCACCCAGGGCUGGUUCAUUGGGCUUAUGUGCGCCAUCGCCCUCCUGGUGCUGAUCCUGCUCAUCGUCUGUUUCAUCAAGAGGAGUCGCGGCGGCAAGUACCCAGUACGAGAAAAGAAGGAUGUUCCCCUUGGCCCUGAAGACCCCAAGGAAGAGGAUGGCUCGUUUGACUAUAGUGAUGAGGACAACAAGCCUCUGCAGGGCAGUCAGACAUCUCUGGACGGCACCAUCAAGCAGCAGGAGAGUGACGACAGCCUGGUGGACUAUGGCGAGGGUGGCGAGGGCCAGUUCAAUGAAGACGGCUCCUUCAUCGGCCAGUACACCGUCAAAAAGGACAAGGAGGAAACAGAGGGCAACGAAAGCUCAGAGGCCACGUCACCUGUCAAUGCUAUCUACUCUCUGGCCUAACAGAGCCCACCCAGGCACAGCCACCACUUUGCAAGUGGGAGGAGGGGAGAGGGGGAAACUAAACCACUGCAGACCUACCACAAAGCCACCACCACCUUCAGUAACAAGGGUACGAUAUGGGGGUCUGCCAAGCUGUGAGGAUCAGUGACCACCAAGCCACCCAUAAGCCCCCUCCCAAUGACCCCCCUUCAGCCCCGGGUGCCACCAGUGUGGGAGAGCUGGAGCCGUGGCUGAGCUCAGCUAGAGGGAGCCUGGCCCCUUGCCCAGUCUCACAGCCACCCCCGAGCGUUCCACCACACUGCCCGCCCUUGGCCUCGGCACAUGCUCACCGUUUCUGUUGGUUACAGGACUUCUCAUUGUCUUAAUUUUGCUUUGUGCAUCUUCCCCUCCAGACCCGAUGUCUCCGUUUUCUUUUCCUUUUGAAAAAGUGUUCCUGGAAAAGAAAGAAAAAGUAGAUUCUCCCCCAGGAGACCACAAAGAUAGGCAAAAAGGAUUGAAUCCGUACCAGAACAUGUAGACAGGCUGUAAUAUUCAAACCACCUCUGGGCCAAUGCAUUUCCGAAGGAUGCCUUUCUCGCCAUAUGCCUCCCCUGGCUCCCAACCCCUCUGCCUCGGCCUUGUCAGUUGCUGAGCUGGGCUUGGCUCUUUUCUGGAAAAUGACAGUAUUUUUGGCAGGGAGAGGGUGUGCAGGCCUCCUUGCUGCUCUCUGGUUCGGUUGGGAGGUGUGUUUACCUCUUGCUCCUCAUUCCCCCCCUGCCCUUUUCUCUGGAGUAUGUAAGAUGUGAGCUGCACUGACUCUGAAGAAGUUUGAGGAACAGGAGUGAGCACUGAUAGGAAGGACUUCAACGCCAGUGACUGUGUACCUCAAGCAGAAGAAAAUCAGGUGUCUGGUCUUGGGGGAACUCUGCUUACCUCUAGAGAGAAGAAAAAGGCUGGGUUUGGACUUCCUUCCUCCUCACUGGUGAAACCCAGGAUGUAGAUAGAGGGCCACACCCACUCUGUCCCAGAGGGCACCUGUCCAUGUGGCUGGGGCCCACGCUGCCACCCUGGAGGAGAUGGAAUGCUGUGAUGCAAAAGCUUUGCUGGUGCGUUUGGGGCAUAAGGCGCUGCUCCCCUUCCACCUCUAGCAGAUAGAUAUCAUCUUCUCAGCCAAUUCUGUAGGACACUGAGGCUUUUGUUUGACAUGGUAUGUGGAUGGGGACUUGCCCCAAGACUGAGCCAGUCUGCCCUUUCAUUGGGGUGUAUACAUAUCAGGGGACCUGUGGUGGCACCGUACUCAGUGCUGUGAUGCCCCCACCUGGGGAGGACUCAAUGCUCUUUGUAUGCCUUAUGCAGCGCUGAUCUGCCCCUGGAGUUCCCAGGUUCCCAGCCCCUCCCUGCAAGCCUUGAAGCCUCCAGCGAUGUCCGUGUCCAGGAGAGCAGGGCAGCCCAUGCAAGUGUUCCGGCAGGACCAGAAGCGGCCACCCAACACACGUCCUCACCAGUCACCCCAAAUGGAGACACUCGCAGACCUGCAGUUGUCAGACCGAAGGUGCUGCCUUCAUCCUCCCCACCUAAUGCAUUUUUGAAACCAAAGGUACCUAGCCUCAGAGACAGAGAAGGAGAGGGGGAGAUCUUGAGUCUAAGAGGAACCCUUUAGCUGUUUCUGUAGCUCCAGUCAGUUUCAGGAGGGUGAAGCUGAUCCCCAGGAACGAAUCAGCUGCCAUGGGCACAGCCUCUGAUUUGAGCCUCCAGCUGCUAGCCAGGGGGCCUGGGCCGGACCAGGGCUCUGUCCUUCAGUGACUUUAUUAAAGCAUCAUUUGCCACAUGUUUAAGCCGCAAAGGUAUUAGCAAUGCUUGCAUCAUUAGUAAUCAUUCAGUUGAAGGUCAAGCCCAUAGACACACACUCUCUGUCUGCUGGUAAGAAAUCAUAGCCCAGAACUGAGCCAAUAAGGCUGUUUGAACCUGAGAGUGUGUGAUGGUCAUUUGGGCCAAGCCUCAGCCAGGGCUGCUGCCUGGACGCCUGAGGGGCAGCUUAUCACAGUGCAAGGGGACAGGGUAAACAGCAGGGGGUGGGGCGUGAGCUUGGAGGGCCCCUCCCCUAGCUUUCCUCCAACACCUGCUUGGAUACUAGGCCCACUGUCCCUGAAGGGAAUGUCAGGGAAGUGUGCCUGUGAGCUGAAUUAAAGGACUGGCCUUUCCAGAAAACGCUUGGGAUCUGAGCAGAGUAGUCAGUUUCUCAGACGCUCAUUCCAUACUGCACCGUACAUGCCAGUGAACUCACUGCACUGAAAGCAGGCUCUUAGGGCAGGAAGGGACGGUGAGCAAGUCUGCCACACCACCUGGUGACUGGGAAGGCUGCUUCCCUCGUAAGGGUCUUGGGGAGAAGUAAGCCCACAGCCUGCCUCUGCACCUCGUUCCAGUGUCCUGCCAGGCUCUGCACUGUCCUUUGUGUAUGAAGAAAAUGCUAUUAGCCCUCUCUCAGGCUACUGUUCUGUGGGUGCUGAGAGCUACCCCCCAUCACCAAGCAAUCACACCCGUCUGAGCAGAAGCAAAUCUGAGGCUGAAGAAUUAAGUUUUCCCCAAGCAAGGAAGGCAGGUGGUCAGAGAGAUCAAACGCUGCUGGCGUGGGGAUUGCAGGAUGCAGGAGGCAGCCCCUUUGGGGAAGAGGAGAGUGCGUUUUCCAUGGAGCCCGUGUCAGAGUCCAGCCCAGCUCAGCACGAAAGCAGAAUUGCCCAGCACUCCCUGCCAGCUGGGUCUCCCAAGCAACUACCCCAAGACAUACCAACAAUGAAGCCAGGACAGCACCAUUACCAUCGGCACUCCAGUUUGGCUGGCUGGGAGGAAAGUGCUGGGCAUCUUACAGUAACUCUAGAAGUUCCUUUGACUGGGCUGCAAUCCCACCUGUGUGCUCAGCCCUAAGAGCUGUAGUUUCCUGUGCUGUCAUUUGUCCAUUCAUUCAUUCAUUCAUUCAUUCAUUCAUUCAUUCAGCAAAUACUCUGAAAUCCAGUCUGAACUAAGGCCUGAGCUGUGGAUGCCAUGGCGCGUGAGUUAGAUGUGGUCCCUGCCCUCAUGGGGCUGACAGCCCUGAAAUCAAGUGCUGGGACACAGUGGCCAUUGAGUUGGGAACAUUCUUCCCUCUAUUGCUUAAGCCACUGAUGGCUAUGAGCUUGAAGAGAGGGAUUCUGAGGGAGAACUUGGUCCAUCUGGUCACCAAGGCUGGGCAGGACAAAGCAGUCAAGAACCAUGGUGUGGCUUGAAAAACAGUCCUGCUUCCUGAGCCUCUUUGCUCUGCCUCUUGGGGCAAAGGGUUAGUCCACAUCCAGGUUGCAUGAGAUGAGAUGCAAAGGGCUCUGUGUGGGUGAGGAAUGCAAGUUAGAGGAGCGGGAGAGGCCACCAGGGUUGGGACCUAUUUAGGUAAUUCCUGUUGGCAGCACCUAGAGAGAGCAUCUGAGCCAAAGGAGUGGGAAACUCUGCCCCAGCAAUGGCACGGGCUGCGGUCUCUUUCUGGCGCCCUGUGCUGGAGCAGGGCCAAGUCUUAGGGCAUCACGAACAGCCCAUUUGAUGGAAGGAGCAGGGACGUAGCACAUUUUUGUCUGUCUUUGUGAGGCUGCUUUGCUAACUCUCUGAGGAGAGGAAGCCUCUCAGGCUUUCCGUGGGCUGGGGCUGGUGCCAGAGAAUCCCUUCUCAGUGGGAGGGCAGCAGGUUCCUGGGAGGCCGGCACAGGGCACCGCUCCCCGCUCCUGACACCUUGGUGCAGACUGACUUCCUGCCCAGUCACCACUCCGGCCAGCCCCGCCAAACACACACAAGCUCAUGGUUGCGGUUGGGUCUAUCCCGUUAGUUGGCAAAGGAUCCUGCUUGAGCUCUGCGUAGUAGCUGAGGAGUAGCAUUGAGGAGGGCCCUGAUUGUUUUAAAAAAAAAAAAAAAAGGCCUCAAAACAAUGAAACAAAGAGCUUGAUGUGUCAGGAGGAGACCAAGGCCCUGGGAGGCAUAGGCAAGCCGGGCAGAGUCAGACCAGCGCCCUCCCUUGACCAUCUCCUAGCAUUCCCCUCCCUUAACCUAGACAGGGGCUACCCCAUGUGAGUUCAAGCCAGACUUUGUGGCUGUCCCCAGCCUGCACAGCCCAAGCCCAGGGAAGUGUCCUUUCUUUCCCUUCCUUACUAAUAAUGGGCCUUCCUGAGACACAUUCAGAGAGGGAUCAGAGAGAAAGGAGAACCAUCCAGGAGAGCCACAAGCACCCACCAAACAGUGUCUCAAGCCUCACCUGAAACUGCUGUUCCUCCUGUCAGCAUACUAGUAUUAAAUGGGUGUUCCAUAAUGAGAAGAAUGGAAAUGAAAUACGUACAAAGGCAUCUAGCUUAGGACCAGAAUCGGAUUUCAGCAUGUGAAGGAAUCCCAGAGCUGAUCUCAUUGAAAUGAUUUAUUGUACAGACAAGGAUAUGCAAAUCCACAGAAGUGAAGGGAUUUUUGCUCAAGAUCACAUAGCUGGUAAACUAAGGUAAGGUUAGGGCUUGAACUUGGGCCUUCUGACUCCUUGUCCAGUGUUCUUUCAUCUCACCACAGCUGCCUCCUUUGAAACAGAGGUAUUAAGAUCUGUCCUUCUGGUUCACCCUCUCAUACCUCUUUACUGCCUCUCCCACAUCCCCUACAUGCCCCCAAAAUGAAAGAUGAACAGGAUUUUUUCUUAGACCAAGAUCAGUCUGUCUGUUGAUCAGUCUGUGGUUCACCCAGCCAUGCAAUUAAGGGCAGACCUGGGCCAGUGGAAUAGAAUAGCUGAUUGGUGUUUGUUACUGUGAACCCUAGACUGUACCCCCUAGAAUGGUGUCUCUUGCUUUGUAACACAUCGGGCCUUCAGCGUGCUGUAUUCCUCAGAAGUGAGGGCAUCUCUGUCCAUUCUGCCCAUGGCCAGAGGGUGCAGAGAGGCAGCAGGGCCCAUGCAAGCUGCCACCCUGGGAUUUGCUGGGCUGGAGUUCAACAGAUGUAAAGACUUCGGUGAAGCAAUAAACACAAAACUCUGGGAGAAGAUAUCCAGAAUUUUGUGCACUACUCUGUUUCUUUUUCAAAAAUGAGGCAGAUCAGAUGUCCCUGAGCUGCCCCUUUUUUUCUGAUUCCCCACUGCAGUGUCCUCAGUCAGUGUUGUCCCUCUGCCCGGCUCCCCAGCUCUUUGCCAACCUCUUCACACUCCCCUUGAGCUGAGCAUCAGUCACCUGUGACGUGGCCACCUUCUGUCCUGCUCCCACUCCCGACCCAUGCUGGACCCCGGAGGACCUCCUGCCCUGCCCCUACCACACACCCAUAUCCCCCACCAUUCCAAUUUGUUCUUUCCCGUGGGGAAUUUUUUUCCCCAACGUCUCCAUCCAUUCCUUCAUAUCCACACACGCACAAAUUGGUCUGAUCUUUUUUCCAUUGGUUAAACAUUUAACUCCAUGCCAGACCUUGUUUUAACCCCUCUCACAUCAUGUUCUUUCCUUUUUUGCGAGUUAUUUUGCAUUAACCAACUUUGUCAGUGACAGAUGCGUAUCUGAGGGUGUCACGCACGACCUUCAGCAGGGAAGACUUCUGGGCCAUGGAGGACCGUCUAAUACAUGGACUUACAAACUGACUGCAUGAGCAAUGAAAAGGCCAAAUUAUUCUGAAUUUUUUUUUGAAUCACUGUAAAAAAACUGAUUUCUUUUGUAUAGAGAACACUAAACGUAUAAUAAAAGUUGUUCAAAAUGUA